GUACCAUGGAAGCUGAGAUUAACGACAAGAGAAGAGGGAUUGAGAUUUGAGUGAGUGAUUGCGUCAGCGGGUGGGGGGCCCAACAGUCCACGUAGAAGUGACGGUUAGUGAGUUGAGCCGUGUCUCACUCUUCGACUCUCCCUCACUUGGGUGGGGGUUAGGUGGCGAGUAGUUACCGACUUACCACAUGCCUCGGUUUUUCAGCCUCCUCUGUCCGCCUCCAUUCUUAUUUCAUUUUCCAGGAAAAUCGUUUUCCUCUUUUGCUCGGUUUUCUCGGGAAAGCAAGUGAGGCCACGCCUUCCCCAUUUUUUUCUCGGGAACCAAACAUGUUUUCGGUUCGGUCAAUCGUUGGUCCCCAGCUGAGACGCUCAAUCCGCCAGCUGCAUUCUGCUUCUUCGGCUGCUGCAUUUGAAGCUGAGCGAACGAUAAGAGACGGUCCCAGGAAUGACUGGGCGCGAGACGAGAUCAAAUCCAUCUACGACUCUCCCGUCCUAGAUCUCCUUUUCCAUGGAGCUCAAGUUCAUAGACAUGCUCAUAACUUUAGGGAAGUGCAGCAGUGUACUCUUCUCUCAAUUAAGACGGGUGGAUGCAGUGAGGAUUGCUCAUAUUGUCCUCAAUCCUCUAGAUAUGACACAGGACUAAAGGCACAAAAGCUUAUGACAAAGGAGGCUGUUAUGCAGGCAGCAAGAACGGCAAAAGAGGCUGGUAGCACGCGUUUUUGCAUGGGUGCUGCAUGGAGGGACACAGUUGGAAGAAAGACCAACUUCAAUAAUAUCUUAGAAUACGUAAAAGACAUAAGGUAUCUCCCAUGUUCCAGGGAUAUGGGGAUGGAGGUGUGCUGCACCUUGGGCAUGCUAGAGAAGCAGCAAGCUGUUGAACUCAAGAGGGCUGGCCUGACAGCUUAUAAUCAUAAUCUUGAUACCUCAAGGGAAUAUUAUCCAAAUAUCAUCACCACAAGGAGUUAUGAUGAGCGCCUAGAAACCCUUCAGUUUGUCCGCGAUGCAGGCAUUAAUGUCUGUUCAGGAGGAAUAAUAGGUCUUGGAGAAGCAGAAGACGACCGAGUAGGUCUUUUACAUACAUUGGCAACGCUCCCUACCCACCCAGAGAGUGUCCCUAUCAAUGCGCUGGUUCCAGUAAAAGGCACACCUCUUCAAGAUCAGAAGCCAGUUGAAAUAUGGGAGAUGAUUCGGAUGAUUGCCACAGCACGUAUAGUCAUGCCAAAAGCAAUGGUCAGGUUGUCAGCUGGCAGAGUUCGGUUCUCCAUGCCCGAGCAGGCAUUAUGCUUUCUUGCCGGCGCAAAUUCAAUCUUCACUGGCGAGAAGCUGUUGACUACUCCUAAUAAUGAUUUUGAUGCUGAUCAACUUAUGUUCAAGGCGCUUGGACUUGUUCCAAAAGCUCCCAGUUUUGGCGAUGAUGUGGAAGAUGCUCACGAGGCAGCAGUUUCUGAACAAGCCGUUUCCAGUUCGGGGUAAAUAACUGGUUCAACUCAAAGGCAGUGAAUCGUCCAUUCUUUUUGUUGGAGUCAAUGGCCUCUUUCUAAUUAUUAAUAAUCGUUGUGGAAUUAUAUAUGACAACAUCUUGGUCUCUCAAGGACAUUUAGUUAGCAUCUGCAGUUGCAAAUCUCUGGCUCAAGUAAUUUAAAGGAACGAAUUCAUCCA